AUGUCGGGCGUGAACAAUGCGACUGAACAAACUAGUACGAGCUCAGCCACAACGACGUUCGAAUCUGCUGUAAUUUUUAACAUAGCAGUUACCGCAGCAACGUUCAUCUCUUUUGAUUUAAUAAGGAAAAGGGUUGCAAAAGUUUUUGAGCCGAGAACUUAUAUAGUUCCCGAAAACAAACGUUCUCCUCCGGUUCCUAGUGGGUUCUUAAAAUGGUUGAGGCCGACUUUAAAGACUUCUGACGAAGAGAUUGUAUUAAAGGCUGGAUUGGAUGGAUAUAUGUUUCUUCGUGUAAUUCGGACAUUUAUGAUACUAUUUACUGCAUUCACAGCAUUGGGUAUUGGUUUGAUUUUACCUGUGAAUCGUAUCGGUCAAUAUGAUAAACCCGGACUGGAAAGCUUUACCAUUGGUAAUGUUAAAGACAAAGAGAGAUUAUAUGCUCACGUGAUAGUAUGUUAUCUUUUCACCGCUGCUAUUCUUUAUAUGAUGUAUAAUGAAUAUUAUACGUAUAUAAGGUUACGUAACGAAUAUCUCACAACACCCGAGCAUCGUGUAUCUGCACGUGCGACCACCAUUUUGGUCCUUGGUAUUCCUCCCGAACUUAAUAACCCCGAAGAUCUAAAAAGUCUAUUUGGCGUGUUUCCUGGUGGUGUGAAGCGAAUCUGGAUUAACAGAGAUCCAGCUAAUCUGGUAAAUCUUACGACCAAAAGAUUGAAAACAAUUAAUAAACUUGAACAGGCUGAAACCAUAUUUCUUGAAAAGUCUUUAAAGUAUGUUGUAAAGGAUAGCGGAUCAGAACAGGACGUUGAAGAUGGAAACAAAAUUCCUGCGUCUCUGCGUCCAACUCACAAAACGAUUCCCUUGAUUGGUAAAAAGGUGGAUUCUAUUGAGACAUAUCGCGAUGAGAUUAAACAUCUUAAUGAGGAAAUUGGAAAACAACGGGAUAAGGAAGAUAGUUUAAAGCUGUUAAACUCAGCAUUCAUCCAAUUUAAUGAUUACAUGGGCGCUCAAUUAGCCGCAACCUUGACAAUACCACGAUUAACAGAAAUUUCACGAGAAGACGUUAUUUGGGAAAAUCUUAAUUUUUCACGUACAUCAAGGAUAAUUAGAAAAACAAUAAGUUUCUCAGUUACGACCGCUUUAAUAGUUCUUUGCACACUUUCCGAGUUAUCGAAGAUUGUUCCUUUCUUAACUCCACUUGUAAACAAACUUCCCCCAUCAGCAAUUGGGAUCAUUCAACUCAUUAAUGUUUUACUAGUAACUGCUUCCGCAAAUGGAAUAUUUAAUGCAAUUCCAACAAUUAUUCAAGAGCCAACAAGCAUCGUAUCCAGUCUCGCACAAAAUCUGCCAUUAGCAUCAACUUUUUUCCUUACUUAUGUUCUUCUUAGUUUAUCUACUGCUGCAAUGGAAGCUUUACAAAUUGGAAGUUUGGUUAUGUAUUUUAUCACUAAAAUGUUUCUUGCUAAGACUCCUCGUCAAAUUUUUUAUAAUGAAACAACUUUAAUGUAUAAAGAUUGGGGGGUCACUUUCCCUCCACAUAUUUUGAUGGCCUCAAUUGGUCUUGUUUACUCGGUGAUUCAGCCUUUAAUUUUACCAUUUACAGCAUUGCGCUUUGCAUUAUUCUACCUUGCAUAUCGGUACAAUUUUUUAUAUGUCUACGAUCAGAUCUAUGAGACUAAUGGCGAUCUAUUUAUAAAUGCCAUGAAAUCAUUUUUUUGGGGAAUAUUCGUUUUCCAUUUAACUAUGAUCGGUUUAAUGUUUCUUAAUGAAGCAUUCAUUGCUGGCGUACUUUUAGUUGUUUUGUUUGUUAUUACACUUGCUUUAGUCCUUGCUAUGAGACAUCAUUUCAAGCAUAACCCAAAAGCAGAAUUUUUACCCGCGGACUUAUUGGGCGUAAUCGAAAUGAAGACAAAAAAAGUUAUUAUUGACAAAAACUUUACAAAGUCGAUUACAGAAGAUGUCGAAUAUGAUGAAAAAGCUGAUCAAGGAUUCUCAGGAUCUACGAGUCAACAACUUUCAGAAAAACCUUUAGCAGAUAUUGAUGACGAAUACAUUAACCCAAAUGUAGUUCAUAUCAAGCAUGCAAAUGUAGAUAAGGAAGGUGAUGCAAAUACAUAUAAACAUCCGGCUCUGAUUAUUAAAAACCCUUUAGUUUGGAUACCACAAGAUAGUACAGAUAUGUAUAAGGAUGAAGUCAAAGGAUGUCGGGAAAGUGGGUUAAAUGCAACGAGUCAAGGUGCUGCAAUAAAUGAAAAUUACAAAGUUGAAGUAGACAUUGACAAAGCGCCUAACAUUAAAGACGAACUUUUUGUGGAAAACGCAGAAAGUUGGGAAGAUAAACAAAAUGUGACUGAUUAA